GGCUGAGACACGGGUAAGCCGAGCAUCUGGACACGAGUGUGGUUGCUCGGUCUAUUUACUGGAUCGUAGUAUCGUCUUUGGUAGCAAUCUGGAGCUGCUUACUGUUGGCUACAACCGUUUCUCCUCCACCUUGCUCGCCACGGCUCAACGACGCCACUUACGAUCUAGAUGUUUCUUGACAUACCCGUCAUUCCUCUCACGAUGGCUACUGGAUUGGUCUCACCCUCCUGACACGACCAUUCCUGCCGUUAGCAUUUGCCGCUGCCACCGCCGCCUGCCGCGAUGGGUAACUCGUGCUCCGCGGCUUCCGCCGUGUGGGCGACCGACGAGAACCUCCGCAUCGACGCGUCCACGUCCAAGUACUCGCACCACCGCGUCACUCGCUUCGCGCAGCGCCAUGCCAAGACCGCCGAUCGCCGGCCUAAGAAAGUCGACGGCUUGAAGGACGGCGAAGACGCUAAGACUGCGGACGAGGGUCGCGGUUCUGAUGGGUCGCCUCAUGUGGCGGGUAAGGGCCGCAACGCUAAGCCUAGGUCGCUAAGAGAUGGCAGCCAGCCCCGCAAGAUUGAGCAGAAGCUUCUGAUGAGGGGUGCGUAUUCUAAGAUGGCCGAUGCUGCGAAAGCGGCGGAGGCGGAAGGCUCGUUGGAGGCGAAAUACCACCUGGGGAAGUGGCUGGGGUCAGGGAAGCACGGUUCCGUGCGCGUAUGCUGGCCGAAGGAGCAGUCCAUUCGGGAGCAACCCGAGCAAUCUAUCUCCUUUUCCUCGCCGCUGCCUUGCUCCUCCUCCAUGUCUCCCUUGUCCUCCUCGCCCUUGUCUCCAUUUGGAUUUGAGGCGUUGUCACCUGGCCUCAGCAGCAAUGGCGUCUGCUCGCCGUCGCCAGCAUCUUCGCCGUCGCCGUCGCUGUCGCAGGAGUUGAUCGCUGGCGGUGUCGCAACGGUCGCUCAACGAUUCGCAUGCAAGUCGAUCGCCAAGGUCGACCUGCCACGCCUCGUAUCGGCCGGCAGCAGCAGCAGCAGCAGCAGCAGCGCUGCGAGCAGCAGCAGAAGCACCAGCCGAGACAGCGGCAGCAACAGCCGCAGCAGCGAGGGAGGUGGAGCCCCCGCGAAUCUGGAACGAUGCGCAACGGCGAAAAAGGAGGUGGAGGUGCUGGAGCGGCUGCAGGGCCACCCUGGCGUGGUGCGGCUGUACGACGUGGUGGACGACGCGCAGCACACGCACAUCGUCAUGCAGCUCUGCCAAGGACCCAGCCUCAAGGACCGCAUCGCACAAAAGGGCACGAUGAGCGAGCGGGAGGCAGCGCGAGUGAUGCGGUCGGUGGUGGGCGUGCUGGCGUACUGCCACGACCGCGGCAUCGUGCAUCGCGAUGUCAAGGACUGCAACUUCAUCUUCCUCUCCAACGACCCCGCGUCUCCCCUCGUCGCCAUUGACUUCGGCCUCGCCACCUUCUACUCCCCAGACAAGCGGCUGCACGAGGUGGCAGGGAGCCCGUGCUUCGUGGCGCCUGAGGUGCUGAGAGUGCGCGGGGGAGGAGGGUACGGGCCCGGGGCGGAUGUGUGGAGUGCGGGUGUGCUGCUGCACCUGCUGCUCGCUGGCAGAGUGCCCUUCGAUGGAGUUACCAUCAUGGACGUGUUCAGAGCCGUGGCGUCGGCCCCUCUGGACCUGACCUCUCCGCCUCUGCAGUCAUUGUCGCCUGAGGCCAAGGACCUGCUCGCCCUCGUGCUCACCCGCGAUGUCACCAAGCGACCCUCAGCUCGUGACGUCCUGUGUCACCCCUGGAUGAUGCAAGACUCGGAUGCCUCCAGCCACUAACGCGACGCUGAUGUGACUUCGUGCCUGCAUCAACACGUCGUGGGUGCCGUCAGUUGCGGAUCCCGGCCACAGUGCCAACCACUCCCCUCUUCUGUGGUUUUUCUUUUUCGCCUCUUCUUUUGGGGCUUGAAGCCGCAUCCUCUGCGCCUCAAGCACCGUCCAGCACAGCAGCACCUUGGUGCUCUUAGGUUGGUGCACCAGCUUCCGCCUCUGCCUCGCCCAACGGCCCACACGUCUCUUGCUCUUCUGCUGCUGCUGCUGCUUUCUCAGAUGCCGGCAACUGGCAUCAGUGCUAGCAGGCGCUUUGCUUGAGUGGUUAUGUCUGCAUGUGGGUGCCACAGAUGUGCGCUGCUGCAGGUGCCAUGUGUUUGUGGUGGUCAGUAAUACGGGCCUACCUCAGACCAGAGAAGUGUGGAAAGGCUCACCAGUCAGCCAAGCUGAUGGAAUGGUGUGGCUUUGUUGCUCUCUUUUCCUGCUUUGCCUGGCAAGCAAUGUACAUAGCCAUGUAUCAUAUCAUUCUUUGCUUCCAGCACUGUGACUGUCUUAGGAAUGUAUUCCCUUAUCUUGAUUACAUAUUGGUAG